GACAGCACUGAUUUUAGGUGAGGUUCAUAUAAUUCGCUGUGGUAUUUAGGAAAAAAUCCCAAUUUUAACUUGCAACCAAUAAAUAAAAUAUAAAUUUAUAGAAAAUAUCAUUAAUUAAGUAUUAAGUGACAAUAAUUGUGCAGUAGAGAAUAAAAAAAGCAAUUAAUAAGAUGCCACCAAAAGAACGUAAUAUUGCCAUGAUGGGCUACAGAAGUGUGGGCAAAUCCUCUUUGAGUAUACAAUUUGUUGAGGGACAAUUUGUCGAUUCAUAUGAUCCAACAAUAGAAAAUACAUUUACAAAAGUAACACGAGUAAACUCUCAAGACUAUGGUGUCAAAUUGGUGGAUACAGCUGGACAGGAUGAAUAUAGUAUAUUUCCAGUACAAUACAGUAUGGAUUUUCAUGGUUAUGUUUUGGUCUAUUCUAUUACCAGUCAAAAAUCUUUUGAAGUUAUAAAAAUUAUAUAUGAGAAAUUAUUAGAUGUUAUGGGCAAAAAAUAUGUACCUGUGGUAUUGGUAGGUAAUAAAACAGAUUUACAUCAGGAACGCACAGUUUCCACGGAAGAGGGUAGAAAAUUAGCGGAAUCGUGGCGUGCGGCAUUUUUAGAAACUUCGGCUAAACAAAAUGAGUCUGUUGCUGAUAUAUUCCAUCAGCUGUUGUUGUUAAUUGAAAAUGAAAAUGGUAAUCCUCAAGAGAAGAGCAGCUGUGUAAUUUCGUGAGUCAUUUUAAGCUUAGCUUAAAAGUCACAACUUGUCGUCGUACCAUUAAAAAAAAAUAAAAACAAAAAAUAACAACAAGUAACAAAUUAUAAUAAUAAUAA